AUGGGAAAUGUAGUUUAGAUGCGGAGUCUGGGGUCGCCAUCAUCAUCACGCGUGGUUUUCCCCCGAUGUUCAACCAGUGACGAUAUCCGCAGGCAUUAGGUGUUUGUUUUACGAAUAAGUACUUGAAGUAGAUUUGCUUUUGUUUCGAUUGUCAUUUUAUUUAGUUUUUUUUGCCAGUGUAUUUGCUUCCAUUCAUCGUCUCCGUUCGCGGGGAACUCAGAGAGGAGCCAUGUACAACGGCAUUGGCCUGACCACGCCACGAGGCAGCGGCACCAACGGCUAUGUGCAGCGCAACCUGUCGAGCGUGCGGGCAAAGCGUCCACGGGACGAGCGCGGCGGCGAGCGAGAUGAGAAGGACCGUGAGAGGCUGGAGAGCCAGCUGAACCGUCAGCCCAAUGCCGAGAUCCUGGAACACCAGAGAAAGAGGCAACUGGAGGUCAAGUGUGCAGAGCUGCAGGACAUGAUGGAAGAGCAGGGGUAUUCCGCUGAGGAGAUUGAAGAGAAGGUGAACAGCUUCCGCAUGAUGCUGCAGGAGAAGCAGGAGCCGCCUUCGGCCCCCACCGAGAGACCAUUGGCGACAGAGACUCACGCCCUGGCUGCAGCCAAUCAGCAGAAGAAUGACCGGCUGAAGGCGGCGUUCGGCAUCGCCACAGACUACGUAGAUGGCUCCUCCUUCCAUCCGGAGCGCAAGGAGCGAGAGAAGGAGAAGAGGGAGCAGGAGAGGCUGGAGAGGGAGAAGCAACAGCAUCAGAAAUAUGUGCUGGUAGAAGAGUCAGAGGACUCUGACUCCCCGGCCCGAAAACAGAGCCGCAAGAAGAAAAGGAAGAAAAACAAGAACAGAGACAGCUCAGAGAGCCCUUCCCCCUCUCCUAGACGGGUGAAAAAAACGAAAAAGAAGAAGAAAAGGGAUGGUUCAGAAGAAAAGGAUGACAAAGAUAGCUCCUCAGACGAGAAGCAGGCGUCUAAGAAAAAACGCAAGAGAAGUGAAAAUGAGACUCCGCCCCAGAGUAAGACACGGCGCCAUAGGAGUGGGUCCUCCAGCUCUGCUCACAGCCAAUCCCCUGCACCGCUGAGAGAGAGGCAGAAGAACCAGCCUGUCAAGAGAGCAGAGGGGAGAAAGGGGCUAUCUCCUGACAGGAGGGGGCGUGGUCGCGAGGACGGGAGUCCACAGCGUUCGGGAGGCAGAGCGAGAUCUCCCAGGUAUCCCAGCUCCCCUGAACGCCGACCGAGGGCAGACAAGGAACGGGAGAAGGAGCGACUGAAGGACAAAGAGAUAGGAAGAGAGAAGGAGCGUGAGAAAGUGAAGCCUACCAGAACGAGACACGACUCCUCUUCCCCCUCUCCUCCUCGACUGGAACGAGAGAAAGGCAGGCGCUCCAGAAGUGGAGAGAGGGAGCGAGAGAAGGAGAGAGGAAAGGAGAGAACAAUGCUGCAGAGGAGCAGACACGACUCUUCUUCAUCCCCCUCUCCACCCCUGAAACAACUGGACACCAGGAAACAGAGGAGCGGAAAGGACAAACCACAAAGACGAGACUCCUCGUCUUCCUCUCCAGAGAGGGAGGGAGCAAGGAGAGGAAGGAGCAGAGAGGGGGAGCGAGGAAAGGAAAGAAAUGCCCGAGCCCCAGCUGACAGAGAGAGGGGGAGGGGGAGUGAGAAAGAAGGAUCUCCCCCUAGUCGGAAAAGUGAUGGCGGGAGAGGUAGAAACUCAUCCCGUGACUCCACAUCCCCUGUCCCUCAGUCACCUCUCACCAAUGGACGACAGAAAGAAAGGGAGCACGAGGGAAGGAGAGGGAAAGAGAGGAAACCGGAGGAGAGGGGGAAAGAGAGGAAACCGGAGGAGAGGGGGAAAGAGAGGAAACCGGAGGAGAGGGGGAAAGAGGGGGAGAGGGAAUUGAGCAAAGAGAGGGAGAAACAAGAGGAGCAGAGGAAGCGGGAGAUCGAAAGGGAAAAAGAGAGGGAGCGAAACCGAGAUGGAGGGAGAGAGCGCGAGAGGUCCGGCAGACUGUCUUCUACCCAACAGCCAUCUACCUGUUUGACUGAAGACCUCCGCGCAGAGGGUGAGGGGGAGAGGAGGGACAGAGAGAGGGGGGCAGGAGAGAAGGAGAGAAAAAGACAAGCAGAGGAGGACAACAGGCGGGAGAACAGAGACCGAAGCCUGCAGGAAAAGGAAAGAGAGAAGGAGUUGAAGGCAAAGGAAAGAGAGAAGGAGUUGAAGGCAAAGGAAAGAGAGAAGGAGUUGAAGGCAAAGGAAAGAGAGAAGGAGAAAGUGAAUGAGAGCAGCAGUAGCAGCGGGAGUGACAGUGACAGCUCUUCCUCAUCCUCCGACUCAUCCUCAUCAUCAUCAUCCUCCUCUUCUUCCUCGUCCUCCGAGGGAGAGAAGAAAAAGGGAACCGUGGUGAAGAGCAGCCCAGUGAAAAAAGCCCUCCCCGCUCUCAUCUCCCCUCCCACUGUAGGUGCUGCCUUCCAGAGGUAUCUGGCCAAUGGGGGCAGAGAGAGCGCUUCAGAGAGUGACGGACAGAGAGCUACCGGGAGAGAGAAGGAACGCGAGAGAACAGGAGGGGACAGGUUCAUGCUCUCUGAAAGGGAAAACCCGCCUCCUGCUCCCCAAAAAGCUCCUGUUUCCCAACUCCCUUCUGCUGCAGAGCGCUACCCCCUCACAGACAGAGAGAAGGAGCGAGGGAAGGGACAGGAGAGGUACAGCCCCACCGAGGUAGAGAGCUCCAGCCCUCCACCCUCUCCUCCCAGAAGAGGAGCCCCCCAAGGCGGAGGCGAGAGGUACUCCCCCACUGAAGUGGAAAGAGAGAAGGAGCGAGAGAAGGAGAGAGAGGGAGGGGUGAAGAGCCAGGCCAGGAGGGCAGAGCAGUACAGCCCCUCUGAGCAGGAGAGAGAGUGGGAGAGGAGGAGGGCGCCCUCCCCAAAAGCGCCCGCAGCAGCAGUUGUCCCGCGGCCCUCCCCCCCUCGCCGCACCCCCACGGCAGUACCAGGACCCCCCACUUGCUCCCCAGCCCCCGACGACAAGCCGCCACCCGGAGAGCCUCCCCUCCGUCCCGCUCCCCGACUCGCCACUACGCCCCACGGCGGAGCCGCAGCCGGGAGGCAGAGCACAACCGAGAGAGGCAGAGAGCGAGGGAUAGAGGGAGGGACCGUUCCAGAGACAGAGGAGCCAGAAGGAGCAGGUCGAGGAGUCCCAGAAGACGCAGUCCCCUCUACAGGUCCCGGCGAUCCCCCUCUCCCGUUCGACAAAGGAGAAGCAGUCACUCGCUAUCCAGAGAAAGGCAGAGACACCAGGAGAGAGAGAAGAAUAGAGAGCUGGAGAGAGCGAGGGAAAAAGAGCGGCAACGUGAAAAAGAGCAAGAGAGGCGAGAGCGCCAACCUCUUAAAGAGGUCCCCCCACCCCGUCGCUCACCCUCUUCAUCUUCUCGUUCUUCUUCUUCCUCAUCCCCAUCCCCCUCUCCGGCCCGCGAGAGAAAGGAGCCGCCUGUAGAAAAGGUGAUGAAACCAGCGGUAGAGAAAGACCGAAGAGGUGACAGAGAGGAGCGAGAGAAAGGGGAAGACAGAG